CGCGGAAUGUUGUACGUCAAUCUGCUAUCCAAUCAGAGCACACAGAUGUGUCCGCGUGAUAUAAACGAAGCUAAAAAAUGACAUUUUUGAUUUAAUAAACAUUUAUGCUUACGUUAUGCUUGUUGGAGGGAAAAAAAGGUCUUUUUUAGCUUUAAUAGAACAGCCACCAAACUAAGGGUGUAAUUACACAGGGCCAAGUUUAGACAACAUAGUGGUAUUAAUUAAGUUUUAAUGGCCUAUGCAUCGUUAAAAUACCAAUAAAAUAAAAAAAAAACAUCAGAAGGAUUCACCAAGGCUUAACAUAAGCUUAAAAAAUUCCCUUAUCUGAGUGUAAAUAUUCUUGUAAGCGUUAUGCUUAUAUAAGUAAACACGUAUUUUUUUUACUAUGUAAAGCCAACUUUAAAUAAAUAAGGGCUCAAUUUCUUCUAAAAAUCAAAAAAAAGUUAACUAUUUCUUCUCGCCGUACGACAUUGUCAGAAAAAGAAAAAGAGCACUGGGGAUGGAGUUGGAAUUAAUUUCAUAACAAAAUAAAUAAUUUCGCAGAAAUAAUUUUGGUUAUUGGGAAUUUGUUUCACUAUCGCAAACUUCUUCGAGAGAUAAAGUUGACUGAAACCACAAAAUUUAAAAUUAUUAUAAAUGCUUGCAAAUCCUUGUAAAGUCGUCUUCCAUUCGCUUACUUUUUCAGCGUAAAAUUUUAUAUUUGUGUUUUUCCGAAAAAUAGGGAAAUAUAUUGUCAGGCUGGUCGAUUUCUUCGGGAUUUGAAGUUGUCUUAUUAUUGUCUCUAUUCUAUGCUCACUUUUUAGAAUGGUAUUGUUCUGCUCUUAUAUUCUAUGAAGGAAUUCAGGCUGAAUACCUUCUUAACAUUUUUCUUAACUUAUUUUUUGUCAAAAUCUCAGGCUUAACGUUCAUAUAAAUUAUGCUCUUUUAAAAAACCGUAUAGAAUAAAAAUAAUUGGAAUAGCCACAGAUUCAUCUGAUAUAUUAGAGACAGCAAAUAAUUGAAAGAUAUUUAUAUUUAUGAAUACUAAAUUUAAAUCAGUUAGUUUACUGAAUUGUACUUCGUAUUAAUUAAUAAAACAUAUCCUCUGACAAGUUUGUCGAAAUCUUCAUAAAAAACUUUGUCAACAAUUCUCGUGGAGCUUUAAACUCCUCACGAUGAAGUUUCUAGUUUUUAUUGCAUUCGUGUCUGUACCAACAAGCUGUACCUUGAAGGAGGAAAUUAUGGAGAGAUUAUUAGAGGAUUAUGACAACAAAAUUCUACCACAAUUAACAGCUAAUGUACCAGUCCAUGUCAAGUUAAGGCUAAAUAUUCUUGGAAUGAAAUCCACUACAAAGGAAAGACUAUUUAAUCACUACAGCAGUGACUUGAUCAUUCAACAAUCGUGGGAAGACCACCGCCUUAAACAUGAUGAUGGAGAGCCUCUCACCCUGAGUGGCGACGUGAUCGAACUAUUUUGGCGACCGGAUACAAGAGCUCUAACGGAAAAAGCAUCCUUGCCUACACAAGUUUUAAAGAGUAAUAAAUUAAUUCAAAUCUACGGUAACGGUACAGUCGUAACGUCGCAAAGAUGCUCUUUGGUUAAUUAUUGCAAAAUGGACUUCGCUACAUUUCCAUUCGACCAACAAGAAUGCGAGCUUCGCUUAGAAAGCUAUGCUUUUUCAAACAAUUUUCUGACUUUAUCCUGGAUGGACAAAGACGAAAGCAAAUCGUUCCGAGUUGUGAAAGACCCAGAUAUGGAGGAAUUCAUUUUUAAAGCUUACCGCGUUUACAAGGAAGAGUAUCAUUACGACGGUAAUGGAUCAGGUACACAUGAUCAGCUCGUUGCAAGAUUAAUUUUUCAAAGACCAACAAAAUUCUAUCUUGUGCGACUAUACUUGCCGGUUGUACUAAUCGUGAUUCUAUCUUGGUUAUCGUUUUGGAUCGAUUACCGAUCGGUUCCUGCACGUACAAGCAUUGGUAUAACUACUGUUCUCACCUUCGUGCAAGUUCGAAUUAGUAUUUUCAAACGUGACGUGCCAGCUGGGAAGGAAAUAAAUUUUUUCGAUAUCUACUCACAAGUUUGUUUUAUUUUUGUUUUAAUGGUGUUAAUCGAAUACUCAGUUGCGCAAUCUAUCGAUCUGAAGUAUCGUUUAAUGGAUUGGUAUCGUGUGCGACAGGACGAUCCAAAUAGCGACGUGAUAGAUUAUGAAGACACCGUCGAAAACGGAGACAUACAAAUGGAAUUUCUUCCUGAAGUCGAAGAUACGUCUAAACAAUUUGACACCCUGUUAUCCAAAUUAUCGAUGGAUUAUUUACGAUAUAAGCAUGCAAAACAUCAAGAAACGUUCCACAUACUCGAUAAAGUCAGUAAAAUUGUCUUCCCGCUUUGUUUUCUUAUUUUCAAUUUGAUCUACGCCGUUCUUGUGAGUGUGAACUACUCCAGAAAAUUCACAAACCUCGACAAUUUCACCGAAGUUGUUUGGACAUAAAAAGCUUAACUAACUUACGCCGACACGAAACGUUCAUAUUCGUGAUACAAUCGAUAAUAUUGAGACAAAAAAAAUGCAAGAUUUUUUUUUUUAAUUUAAACUGUAAAAAAAUUUGUUUAUGCAAUAAACUUGUGCACUUAUUUAUGUA